GGGAGAAAGUAAGGAAAAUAAGCCUAUUUAGUCAGUUUCCAGUCCAGUGCUCUCAGUUUGGGUGAGCUGACAGCUGUGUAUAUCAGGGGUUCAGUCUUCGAGCUCCUCACAUUCACAGACAGAGAUAAUAGGCUAUUAGAGGCAUGGGAUUAAUUUGUAGCCAAUUACCACUCACUGUAGAAUAUGAAUGCAUAAAUAAGCCAUGGCUUGUGUUUAAGUUUUGGCAAUGAUCAUAGCCGUGUAAAAGGGAAGGAGGGGGAGCCAGCCAGGCGUGUGUGUGUGUGCGUGUGACAUAAACCCUGGGGUGUCCUGGGGGGAUACUUCAAAUCCAAAAAGGACCAAAGCAGGGGGGACAUCAGCAUCAUCUUCCAGAGACCGACUGGAUCAACUCGGUGACUGGCUCCAAGCGCACCAUCCGGCUGGCUCUUUCAUAGCUGUCUGCAUUUAUUUUUCUGUGUUUUCGCCAUAAUGUCUGCAGUUGAAUAAAGAAUUAAAGAAAGCAGAAGUCAAAAGCUGUCCUGCCCUCUGGAGAGCUAUGAACAGGGAUAAGGUGCAGGUUGGCGACUCCGUCGCGCCUCCGGCGCCCGGUGUGAUCGUGGUCGCUUCGCAGGACGCUAUGGAUGAGAAGCGGCUCUCUGCCGGUGAAUUGCCUGUGUUUUCUUGCGCCGGUGCCGCGUUACCGGUCGAGAGUCGAGACACCUCACCGAGGCGCGAACCUGCGCCCGCGGGCGCGCCUCCUACCAUCCACCGGACCACCUCGUUCUCAGUUCUGGACAUUUUGGACCCCAAUAAAUUUACUAGUAAGAGGCAGCCGUCUAAUAGGACAGGGUCUGAGUUCGCGUUUGGGGCUGAAAACAGAGGAAGUGAAGAAGCCGAGCACAAAUCUUAUCCAGACGACUACGAGUGUAAAAAAGCAUCAAUUUUAAAGGAUGGUUUCGUGUUCCGAUCAGAUGAAUGUGAGGAUGAUUUCUCUCGUGGGAAUCAAUCAGAUAGCGAGCUUCAGGAUGAUUUGUGCAGUGAGGAAAGCGGCGCACUGACCGGACACAACGAUGCCGAGUUUGGACACGAGGAUGAGGAUUCAAUAAACAAAAGCCCAGAAGGACAGCAGACUCAGCAGUCCAAUUCAAAUGGCCAAAGUCAUCCGAAUAAACCCAAACGGAAGCGCUCCGGUUCGGACUCAAAGUCCGGCAAGCCCAGAAGAGCCCGGACUGCCUUCACAUAUGAGCAGCUGGUCGCUCUGGAGAACAAAUUCAAGUCGACCCGCUACCUAUCCGUGUGCGAGCGACUCAAUCUGGCUCUGUCCUUGAGCUUGACAGAGACCCAGGUGAAAAUAUGGUUUCAGAACCGCCGGACCAAGUGGAAGAAACAGAACCCUGGCGCGGACACGAGCGCACCGACCAGCGGAAGCGGCGGGGCUCCGAAUGGCCCAAGCAACGGUUUGGGGAGCCUGAGUCCCCUUAGCCCGUCUCCACCUAUGAGCCAUCUGUCCAUGCAUGCCAGCUAUCCGGGUCACACGCCCGGAGGACUCGUUUGCGCCACCCAGUUACCCUUUCUACCGGGUCACGCGGUUCUGUCACCGUUUAUGUUGGGCUCUCAGACUUACGGAGCGCCAACAUUUUACGCGCCGCACUUAUAACCACAGACAUACACAAAUGUUCUUCUAUAAAGGAGAAAAUAAACUCUGUCCGGUCCUAUAGGGCACAGAAAUACGUGUAACACGAAGCACUAUGGGGUUGCAAAGACAUUUCAUAGGUUUGUCUUAAAAAGCUAACUUUUAUUUCAACCUUGCUCCAGUGUGGCAAGCCCUGUGGCAAUUGUGUUUACGAAUAAUUUCCCCUCCUGUUUGGCAGUAUGAUCAUGUGCCAAUUUUACAUUUAAUUUAAGUUUGCUUCAUUUAAAAAAAAUGUGUAUAUUUCUCUAGGUCAAAAUGUAAAUAUUCAGUUAUUAUGAAUACGUGUUUAGACAUUAACUGAAUGCAAAUACAAUUGUUGUAGGGAAUAAAACGGAUUAUGCAUCGAAACAAAAUGAAUUUGUUCGACUUAUAUCUUGUACAAACAUAGGUCUAAUGAAAGGUUUAUCAUUUUUUUACUGUGGUUAGUAUUAUUUUAGAAGUUACUAUUGUUUGUCUCAAUCAAGGCAGAGGCUUAAAUAAAACUAUUAAGGUCAACUGGGAACUUUUCGUUGGCAUAAUUUUGGGCUUUAUUAACUUGAAAUAUUUAUAUUGAAGUCCGUUUCUUUGCUUGUUAGUUUAAUUGCUUAAUUUGAAAAUAAUCGUGAAUUUGAUAUAAACGAUAUUUUCAAUUAAAUUGUUUACA